GUGUAUUUGUGCCUCUAAAAUAAACUAGAAGAGAGUUCAUAAAAAAUGUCAGGAUUUGAGGAAAAUCCUUUUGGUGAACCUACCAUAGACAACCCUUUUGCAGAUCCAUCUGUGCAACAAGUUGCUAGAAACACAAAUGCUCAGCUUAGAGUUGAUGACUACAACCCUUUUGAUAAUCAAGUACAAAGUCAAAAACCGGUUAAUUAUGGACAAGCAAAUAGUGGUCCUGCUAUUAUGCAACCUACACAAGAACCACCAGCCUACACCAGAAGCGGCCAACAGGCCCAAAAUGUUUCAAAGCCUACCAUAGAUACAGCAGAAUUACAGAGAAGACAAGAAGAAUUAGAGAGGAAAGAGCAAGAAUUGGCUCGCCGAGAAGAAGAAAUGAGAAAUUCGACAUACAAUGUACGACGUAAUAAUUGGCCUCCUUUGCCUGAGCAGUGUUGCUUUCAACCAUGCUUUUAUCAAGAUAUACAGGUUGAUAUUCCACUAGAAUUUCAAAAGAUUGUGAGAAACCUCUACUACCUUUGGAUAUAUCACGGUUCUGUUAUGAUUUUAAAUAUAAUAGGUGGAAUAAUUCUAGAAGAUUUUACCAUCGUUGGCUUAGGGAUACUGUACUGUUUGUUAUUUACACCAUUCGGAUACUUGUGUUGGUUCAGACCAGCAUAUAAAGCAUUUCGUUCGGAUUCCUCAUUCAAUUUCAUGGUAUUUUUCUUCAUAUUUUUCUUUCAAUUUGUAAUAACUACAAUACAAACCAUAGGCAUCCCUCAUUCGGGCACAAUAGGAAUUAUCACUGCUCUUGCGACAUUUAAGAAUACAGCAUGGAGUAUUGUCCAAGGAAUAAUAGCUUUAAUAAUCGCCAUAGGAUUUGGAUUGGCAGCAACUGCUGAUUUACUUUUGAUCUCUAAGAUCCAUCGUAUGUAUAGAAGUACUGGAGCAAGUUUGGCAAAAGCCCAACAGGAAUUUACCACGGAAUUCUUUCGCAAUCAACAUGUACGCGAUGCUGCUGCUAAUGUUGCAGUAGCUGCUGUUAACUCUCAAAUAAAUCAAAAUCAAACUACUCCGAGAUAUUAGUUAACCAAUACUUCAUCUAUGGUUAAUCUCAGUAUUUAAAUCAGAAAUCAGCUUGGGUUUAAAAUUAUCCAAAUAGAUAAAUAAAAUCACUAACUAUAAGAGUUGAUAGUGUAUAUGACUUUGUAAAGUAUUAUUACAUAUUUUGUGAUUUCUGACAUGCUGGUAAAAUUGUUAUCGAUUAAAUAUUUUGAUUGCUUUCAUAACUUCUAAAUAUAUUAUGAUUCACACUAAAUUGUACAAGAGCACACUAUGUUAUAUUGUAAGACAAAUUAAAUAUUAUUUUGCU